CUGGGGCGUGUUCAUUAUUCGUGUGGAAGAAGUUGAUUAUUGUUGGUGAAAGUAAGGCUCGCUGUGUCGACCAAAAUCUACAAUAUGAGUAACGACUGGCAAAAUGGCACCUUUGGUUGCUUUAGCGACAUUGGUAAUUGCUGUUUCGCAUACUUUUGCCCAUGUAUAGUGGCAGGUAAGAACGCCGAAGCCAUGGGCGAAAACUGUGUACUCUACGGAUUCCUAUCGACGCUUGGUUGCAUUGGCUUAUUCACGCAGUCGACUAUUCGCCAGAAAAUCAGAGAAAGAUACGGAAUUCAGGGGAGUUUCGUGAAUGAUCUAAUGUGCUAUUGUUGCUGCCCUCUUUGCUCGCUCGUACAGGAGAGCAAUGAAGUCAAAGCUCACGGCGGUGCCCCUGGUGGAAUGGCGAUGGCUCGGUCUUGAAUUUUCACCAAGAACCUUUUUAAGUGCAUGACCACAUUUAAUGACUUUGUGAAGAAUUUUUACAAUCUUCAGUAAAACCUUUUGUAUUGUUUAUGCUAUGCACUUCAAGGUUAUGCAGCUUUUGAAAUAUUAACCCUUAUUUUUAAAAUAUAUAUUUUAACUGAA